GGGACGCUGAGGCGGCGGGUGGAAGAACGCGGCCCUCUGUAAUGGCGGAGCGUGGCGGGGACGGGGGGGACGGUGAGCGAUUCAACCCGGGGGAGCUCAGGAUGGCUCAACAGCAGGCCUUGAGGUUCCGAGGCCCAGCUCCCCCACCAAAUGCAGUGAUGCGAGGCCCACCACCUCUCAUGCGACCUCCUCCACCUUUUGGUAUGAUGCGAGGCCCUCCUCCACCACCUCGGCCCCCAUUUGGACGUCCUCCUUUUGAUCCUAAUAUGCCACCAAUGCCUCCUCCAGGAGGGAUUCCUCCACCUAUGGGCCCUCCACACCUCCAGAGACCACCUUUCAUGCCUCCACCCAUGGGAACCAUGCCUCCUCCACCGGGUAUGAUGUUUCCACCAGGAAUGCCUCCUGUGACUGCUCCUGGUACUCCAGCACUGCCUCCUACUGAGGAGAUAUGGGUUGAAAAUAAAACUCCAGAUGGGAAGGUUUAUUAUUACAAUGCUCGGACACGUGAAUCUGCAUGGACCAAGCCAGACGGAGUUAAGGUUAUUCAGCAGUCAGAACUGACACCUAUGCUUGCAGCCCAGGCCCAGGUUCAGGCCCAAGCCCAGGCACAGGCACAGGCACAGGCACAGGCACAAGCUCAAGCUCAAGCUCAAGCUCAAGCUCAAGCUCAAGCGCAGGCCCAGGCGCAGGCGCAGGCACAGGCACAGGCUCAGGCCCAGGCCCAGGCCCAGGCCCAGGCCCAGGCCCAGGCCCAGGCGCAGGCGCAAGUGCAGGCGCAAGUGCAAGCACAAGCAGUGGGAGCUUCCACCCCUACGACCAGUAGCCCAGCACCUGCAGUAUCCACUUCAACGUCAUCAUCAACCCCAUCCUCUACCACUUCUACCACAACAACUGCCUCUUCAGUUUCGCAGACAGUAUCAAAGUUUCCAGUUUUUCUAAUUGAGGAGGCAAGAAUAAUGCAUGUGAAACAAUUAGAGAAUAGCAUGCAAAGUUAUGCAGCGAAAAUAGAAGAUAUAAGAAUUCAAGAAAACGGAGAGACAACACCCACAACACAAGAUCAGACCCCAAGUUCUGCUGUUUCAGUUGCCACGCCUACAGUUAGUGUUUCAACUCCUGCUCCUACAGCCACACCUGUGCAAACCGUUCCUCAGCCGCACCCCCAGGCGUUACCUCCUGCCGUUCCUCAUUCAGUACCUCAGCCAGCAGCAGCAAUACCUGCUUUUCCACCUGUAAUGGUACCUCCAUUUCGUGUUCCCCUUCCUGGCAUGCCAAUUCCACUUCCAGGUGUAGCAAUGAUGCAAAUAGUCAGCUGCCCGUAUGUAAAGACAGUCGCUACCACCAAGACCGGUGUAUUGCCAGGAAUGGCCCCUCCUAUUGUACCCAUGAUACACCCCCAGGUUGCUAUUGCAGCUUCACCUGCUACCUUAGCUGGAGCAACAGCAGUUUCUGAGUGGACUGAAUAUAAAACAGCAGAUGGGAAGACAUACUAUUAUAAUAAUAGAACAUUAGAAUCAACCUGGGAAAAACCCCAAGAGCUAAAGGAAAAAGAAAAAUUAGAGGAGAAGAUUAAAGAGCCAAUUAAAGAACCUUCUGAAGAACCUCUGCCAAUGGAGACGGAGGAGGAGGAUCCUAAAGAAGAGCCAAUAAAGGAGAUAAAAGAGGAGCCCAAAGAAGAAGAGAUGACUGAAGAAGAAAAGGCUGCCCAGAAGGCAAAACCAGUGGCUACUACUCCUAUUCCUGGUACUCCAUGGUGUGUUGUUUGGACUGGUGAUGAGAGGGUCUUCUUUUAUAAUCCUACCACCCGUCUUUCUAUGUGGGACCGACCUGAUGAUCUGAUUGGAAGGGCGGAUGUUGACAAAAUUAUUCAGGAGCCCCCUCAUAAAAAAGGAAUGGAAGAAGUGAAGAAACUGAGGCACCCAACCCCAACAAUGCUGUCCAUCCAAAAGUGGCAGUUCUCUAUGAGCGCAAUUAAAGAAGAACAAGAAUUAAUGGAAGAAAUGAAUGAAGAUGAACCUGUUAAAGCCAAAAAACGGAAGAGAAUGUCAAAGAAGUCCUUUAUGUGGAUUGCCCGAGCUUCUCUAUUUAGGAGAGACGAUAAUAAAGACAUUGAUUCAGAGAAAGAAGCUGCCAUGGAAGCUGAAAUUAAAGCUGCCCGAGAAAGGGCCAUUGUCCCUCUGGAGGCCCGAAUGAAGCAGUUCAAGGACAUGCUGCUAGAGAGAGGGGUGUCUGCUUUUUCAACAUGGGAGAAGGAGUUACACAAGAUAGUUUUUGAUCCUCGGUACUUAUUGCUUAAUCCAAAAGAGAGAAAACAGGUAUUUGAUCAGUAUGUAAAGACCAGGGCAGAGGAAGAACGCAGGGAAAAGAAAAACAAAAUAAUGCAAGCCAAGGAAGAUUUCAAAAAAAUGAUGGAAGAAGCAAAAUUUAAUCCAAGAGCUACUUUUAGUGAAUUUGCAGCCAAGCAUGCUAAAGAUUCAAGAUUCAAAGCAAUUGAAAAGAUGAAAGAUCGAGAAGCCUUGUUUAAUGAAUUUGUGGCAGCUGCAAGGAAGAAAGAGAAAGAAGAUUCGAAGACCAGAGGUGAGAAGAUAAAAUCAGAUUUCUUUGAACUAUUAUCUAAUCAUCACUUGGACAGUCAGUCUCGAUGGAGCAAAGUAAAAGACAAAGUAGAAAGUGAUCCACGUUACAAAGCAGUGGAUAGUUCAUCAAUGAGAGAAGACCUUUUCAAACAGUACAUUGAAAAAAUAGCCAAGAAUUUAGACUCAGAAAAAGAAAAGGAGCUUGAAAGGCAAGCCCGCAUUGAGGCAAGCCUUCGAGAACGAGAAAGAGAGGUGCAGAAGGCUCGUUCAGAGCAAACAAAAGAAAUAGAUCGAGAGAGAGAACAGCACAAACGAGAAGAAGCUAUCCAGAAUUUCAAGGCUCUUCUGUCUGAUAUGGUACGUUCUUCAGAUGUGUCCUGGUCUGAUACUCGGAGGACUCUUCGGAAAGAUCACCGCUGGGAAUCUGGAUCCUUGUUGGAAAGAGAAGAGAAAGAGAAGCUUUUUAAUGAACACAUUGAAGCACUUACCAAAAAGAAGAGGGAGCACUUUAGGCAACUUUUGGAUGAAACUUCUGCAAUCACCUUAACAUCCACGUGGAAAGAAGUAAAAAAAAUCAUUAAGGAAGAUCCUCGGUGCAUUAAGUUCUCCUCCAGUGACAGGAAAAAACAAAGAGAGUUUGAAGAAUACAUCAGAGACAAAUACAUCACAGCCAAAGCUGACUUCAGGACGCUUUUGAAAGAGACCAAAUUUAUAACAUAUAGAUCCAAAAAGCUAAUCCAGGAAUCUGAUCAGCACCUGAAAGAUGUAGAAAAAAUUUUGCAGAAUGACAAACGGUAUCUAGUACUAGACUGUGUGCCAGAGGAGAGGCGCAAACUGAUUGUGGCAUAUGUGGAUGACCUGGAUCGCCGGGGUCCACCCCCACCUCCCACAGCAUCAGAGCCCACAAGACGAUCAACAAAAUAAUUCUGAAUACUCUUCCACAGGGGUGUCUGUUAAUUCAAAACGCUUGCAUGAGCCAAUUUUCAGGUUUUUACAUGUAUGUGCGUUAGUCAAACUAUUGCAAAACCAUCUGAUGAACAGAAGGAGAAGCAUCCGUGAACAGUUUCUGAACAGAGGACACUUUGGAAAUAUUUAUGCUUUUCUUUGUGUGGCAUGACUGACUUGCAUACUCAAAUAUAGGCUGUCUCUAGUAAAUCUAAAAUCUUGAAGCUAAAAAAUUAUCCUUUUAUGAGGUGUGGAAGUCAGUGACUUUUGGUGACGUUCUUUCUAGCAGUGUUAUAAUACAUGCAAGACGUAAGAGCAUUUGUGGUUUGAACUUGCAAGAUGCAGAUACCACAGACUCCAGAAAAACCUAAGUUGGGGUUUGUUUUGUUUUGAUUUUGUUUUUUAAAGCGGGUAAAAGACAAAACACUGAAAAUUGAAUUCUUAUCUUCCAGAGGCUAAGAUUAUUAUAAUGGACAUACUUUUACCUUUGUCUCUAAAGAACACUUUAGUUUUAUUUGUUCACUUAUGUGCUUUGAUUAUCCCCUUUGAAUUAUAGGCCAAGUCUUGUUGUUUAGCCUAAGAGAAGAUUUAUUUAGUAAUUUCUUCUCAGGUAUGGAACCACGGUCAUAACUAACAUGUUGACCAGACUAGGACUGCUGUUAAACACAUUUUAUUCACCAUUAAGCGAUCUUUAUCAAUAUUCUGGAUUAGACAACAAAUUACCUUUCUUGGGUGUUCCCUGUAAACUGUACUCCUAUUUGAAUGUUAAAUUUUUGUUUCUAAAGUUUAAUUUUAAGAUGUUUGAAUGUUCAGUUUAUGUAUUUGAACUACAAUAAACCAACCCUUUUUAUAUA